AUGAAUAAGAUACUGAUGGCUACUGAGGUAUUCGGAAUUGUUAUUAGCCUGGUAUCUCAAUAUUGGGAAAAAAACUUCAUUUUUACAUUUAUGUGGUUUAAAUCAGCCGAAAUAACAAUGGGGGAUCCGCACAGUAUUAACAAUAUAUCUCCCCACAAAAAGCAAAUCCUUGAAAAGAAUGAUAGUAUAUAUAUUAAGUCCACUCUUUAUUUUGCUUUAUUGGUCUGUCGUAGAUUCAUUAGCAUGGAGUAUAAUCCAAUAACUGAGCAAGUCAUUUUCAUUAUUGUAAAAUACGAUACGGAACAAAGAAGCAACAAUAAUGAGAUAUCGUCAAUCGUCUCCAGCAGUCGCUUUUAUUUCGACUUUUAUCCUGUAUUUAGACUUUUAGCUAAAAGUCAUGUUCCCAGAAUUCAUUUUAUUUUAUCUAAUUAG